AUGUCAACAGAGACUAUAACAACACCAUCAAUGGUUGAUAUAACGCUACUACAAGACAACAAUGAAGAAUCAACUCUGACAGAGCCUGUCAAAGUUCUUGAAGACAGUAGUGGUAGUAGUAGUAGUGAGUUUGAUCUAAAUGUACUUGAAGAAUUACAAUCUAUUAUCAAAGGUAUCAUUGUCAAGCAUCUAUCUUCUGUCACCAUUACAACUACAACAAAUGAACAACAUGAUGAUAAAGAAAAAGAAGAUGAUGGUGAAAAAGAAAUCAAAGCAAAUGGUGACCAAGAAGAACAAAAACAAGAACGGUUGCAAGAUACACACUCUAAUAUAGUGGUUUAUCCUUUUGAUCAUUUGAGCCAAGAUGAAUUGAAACAAUUGAUUGGAGACGAUGAACAACCUACACUAUUUCUCGAUCCUCUGCAAGCUACCAAGUUCAACUAUGACAAUCAAUUGGAUUAUUUAAUGUUGUUAAAGAAUAACAAGUUGUAUUAUCCUUCUAAACCAUAUCACAAACAUGUUGGUAUUGUAUUGUAUGCCUGGGGUGCAUUACAAAGGUUUCCAGUUAGUUUUAAUCAACUUUAUGGUUUAAAUGAAACUGUCAUUGUUAAAGAUACCAUUGAUAAUAAUAAUAACGUCAAACAAGAAGGAGAAGAAAGAGAAUCAUCUACAUCUACAUCUACUACGAAAUCGGUUGAUGAAAAUAAUACUACUUCAUUAAAUUCACCUGAAUCAUCAACCUCUACGACGACUAGUACGACAACACCACCUCCUCCAAUUACAAUUCAAAUUAAUCAAUUAACAAAUCAAACCAAUACAGAUAGAUUGGUUCGUUUAAUUUCAAAUUGGAAGAACGAUAUGAUAAAAGACAAGGAAGAACAAGUUUAUCAAUUUUUAAAACCUCUUACCAUGAGAUGUAUAUUAACCAUGUUUGGAGUAAGAAAAACUUUGGGUUCUGUAGAUACCUAUUUUCCACCUGGACCAAUUAAACUUAUAAAUACAAGUAACCAAUUACAUUCACCAAAGAGUGCAUCUAAAUUGACAGUAUCAUCAAGAGCUUUAUGUAAACAUGGUAUAAGAUCAGAGAAUUCAUUUUGGGGUUCUGGAAAAGGACCUGAACCAAUUAAAAAUCUAAGGGCUGAGAAAGUAAUGGUAUCCAUUCUAUCUGAUCCCACUUGGAUCAAUAUUCAUUUAUUACCUCAUAAUAUAACUAUCAUUGAAAUUAGAAAUUAUCUUGGUUAUGGAUUAAGAUGGGAUGCAUCGGGUGAAUCAUUUAGAGGCUAUUUAGAACCACAAAUGGAAGAUGGACAUGAAAAAGGAUGGAAACAUUAA